GCCUGCCCCAGGAAUGGGGGAGCUGGGGUGCGGGGGGCCUUGAGGACCUGCCAGGCCGAGGAGCUGCCUAUCCCCCGGUCACCCAGCCCCGGAGCCCUUUGCUCCCGGGACGCAUUAGAGUCCCUUUGCAAACUCAGCUCUGGAGUUCGGCAGCGACAGCAGCAGGAAAAACCUGCCCCUGCCCCCCCUGCUCGCCGCCUCCCCUCCCCUGUUCUCCCUUCACCAGCCAGGCACCCCCAGUUCCUGCCAGGCCCUCCCACCAUGUCGGACCCAGACGUCCCCAGGGGCCCCGAUGUCCCCGCCAUGUGGCUCCCCUGUUCUAGGGGUGCCUGAGCCCCUUCGAAGAGCCACUACCGCCCCGCCCCCCGCCCACUUUGGCCCCAUCCUGAGCCCCCGGGACCAUGAGUGGGGGCAAGAAGAAGAGUAGUUUCCAAAUCACCAGCGUGACCACGGACUAUGAGGGCCCCGGGAGCCCUGGAGGUCCAGACUCCCCUGCCCUGCCAGGCCCUACCGGGCCCCCACCCCGCCUGCCCAACGGGGAGCCCAACCCAGAGCCAGGGGGCAAGAGCACCCCCCGGAAUGGCUCCCCACCGCCCGGGGCCCCUGCCUCCCGUUUCCGGGUGGUGAAGCUGCCACAGGGCCUGGGAGAGCCUUAUCGCCGAGGCCGCUGGACGUGUGUGGAUGUUUACGAGAGAGACCUGGAGCCCCCUGGCUUUGGCCGUGUCCUGGAGGGGAUUCGUGGGGCCUCAGGGGGUACUGGGGGCAGAUCUUUGGAUUCCAGGUUGGAGCUGGCCAGCUUGGGCCUGGGUGCCCCUAUCCCACAGCCAGGCCUGUCUCAGGGUCCAACCUCCUGGCUUCUCCCUCCUCCCAGCUCCCCUGGACUUCAGGCCCGCUCCUUCACUGGGGGGCUGGGCCAGCUGGCAGUGCCUGGCAAGGCCAAGGUGGAAACACCCCCUUUGUCAGCUUCCCCACCCCAGCAGCGCCCCCCAGAGCCUGGGGCUGGAGAUAGCGUGGGCACAUCCCGGGCUGCCACGCCCCUGUCCUCCCUGAGGGUGGAAGUGGAGGCCAGGGGCUCCACAGCUGGAACUCCUCCACUGUCCCGGACUAAGGAUGGAGCCCUGCGACUGAGGAUGGAGUUGGUUGCUCCAGAGGAGAUGGGGCAGGUACCCCCCCACGACUCUCGCCCCAGCUCCCCGGCCCUCUACUUCUUCCCUGAUGCCAGUCUGGUCCACAAGUCUCCAGACCCCUUUGGAGCAGCAGCAGCCCAGAGCCUCAGCCUGGCCCGAUCCAUGCUGGCCAUCAGUGGCCACCUGGACAGCGAUGAUGAUAGUGGCUCCGGAAGCCUGGUUGGCAUUGACAACAAGAUCGAACAAGCCAUGGACCUGGUGAAGUCCCACCUCAUGUUUGCGGUCCGGGAGGAGGUGGAGGUGCUGAAGGAGCAGAUCCGGGACCUGGCUGAGCGGAAUGCCGCACUGGAGCAAGAGAAUGGACUGCUGCGUGCCCUGGCCAGCCCUGAGCAGCUGGCCCAGCUGCCGUCCUCAGGGGUCCCUCGGCUUGGGCCCCCUGCGCCCAAUGGGCCCUCCAUCUGAGCCUCCUUUCCCUCACAAUGUGCCUUUGGGGGCUGCCACAGCUGCCUGCCCCCUCUUCCUAUGCAGCUUUAAUUCCCCCUGAUCCCUAGGGAUGGGAGUUAAAGGCUCAGAAUUGGCCUGUCCCCCGAUCCUUCCUCCAUCUCGCCAUAGUGCCCAGGGACUCGGCUGGGGCAUCCCCAGGCCUUGAUGGAGGAGAGAGGGCUGCAGGACGGGGUGUGAGAUGGAGCUCCCUGCUCCCUCCCUAGGUGUCAGUGUUCUGGGACCCCCAGCAGUAGAUGGCUUGAGGGAGUUGGAGGCUUCCUGGCAGACACCCCAUCCUCACCUUAUUCCCUGAAAGUGCCCCCUCUUCUCUGCCCAGGGGAGGGAUUGUGGACAGUAUCUGGAAGUUCUGGGGUUCAGGUUGUUAUUAAAAUAAUAAUUAUAAUUAAAAAAUCCAAAGAAACUUGAAUCUGGAAA